AGGCUGCCGGAGUCGUCGCAGCCCGAUCAGGAGACUUCGGCUCCGCUCGGAGAAACAGCACCGGACUGUAUGGUGGAGAACCGUUUAACCUUUUUUACCUUUUUCUGGGGACCGGCUGUAUGAUUAAGCUACAAUCUUCAAUGAGUAAGCAUAUCCCACAGUUCUGUGGUGUUCUGGGUCACACAUUUAUGGAGUUUCUGAAGGGCAGUGGGGACUACUGCCAGGCUCAGCACGCUGCGUAUGCAGACGAGUGAACAGCCUAACUCGCCAUCGAUCCGACGCACUUGAGCCACAGGAGGGACCCCGGAGAGUUGGCAGGACCGGGACGCCUCCCAGAACCAGCGACAACUCGGCCUGGAUGGGGUAACUCCACCCGCUGCACACUGCCCUCGUCGGCUUCCGCCUGGCCUGAAUCAAGGUGGAACCAGCCUUGUUUUGUUUUUUUCUUCCUUUUCUUUAGUUUUUAUCCCAGAGGAGAGGGUUUUGAGUUGUUUCUCUGAUUGUCCGCCCUUUUUCGGCCGCUAACUUUUCCAAAUUUCCCCAUUCGCCAGUCGCAGCCUUCGUUUUUUUUUUUUUUUGUUUAGCCUCGCCAACUUCGAAGGAAGACCUGAGGAUUUCUGUUUCUGGGUUUCUAGAAGCUCGUUGGACGUUUUUGUUUGACAUUCCCUCCGAGUUUGACUAAGUGUUUACAUUAGUGUUUUUACUCUGUGGACUUUUGGGUUUUGUUAUUAUUUGUUUUCCGUUUGUCACAAUGGCUCGUAUGAACAGACCGGCCCCUGUGGAGAUCACCUACAAAAACAUGAGGUUCCUCAUUACCCACAAUCCCACCAACGCCACCCUGAACAAGUUCAUCGAGGAGCUGAAGAAAUAUGGAGUGACCACCGUCGUGAGAGUUUGCGAGGCCACCUAUGAUGCCGCCCUGGUGAUGAAAGAGGGAAUCCAAGUUCUGGAUUGGCCGUUUGACGAUGGAGCUCCUCCCUCCAACCAGAUCGUGGACGAUUGGCUGAACCUGCUGAAGCUGAAGUUCAGGGAGGAGCCGGGCUGCUGCAUCGCUGUCCACUGUGUGGCAGGGCUGGGGAGAGCUCCUGUUCUGGUCGCACUCGCCUUGAUCGAAUGUGGGAUGAAAUAUGAAGAUGCUGUCCAGUUCAUUCGACAGAAGCGUCGAGGAGCGUUCAACAGCAAGCAGCUGUUCUACCUGGAGAAAUAUCGUCCAAAGAUGCGCCUGCGCCAUCGUAAUAACUGCUGCAUCCAGUAGAGCCAAACCCUGAGCCACGCCACAACUGAAGAGUUCAAUUCAACCUCCCCAGCUUAUUAGAAACCUGGCAGGCUUUCUUUUUUUUUUUUUUUUGUCAUUGUGUUGAAGUAUUUUACUUUGGAAAACCAUGCUCGGUAAUUCAACUGUCCCCUUCCCGCUCCAGGUUAAAAAAUAAAGUGUCAAAAAAAAAAGAAAAAUGAGUUUUGUGAACCGGAAAGCCGUGUUUUCUCAUCAUGUGCCCGAGAAAAAAAAAUUAGGAAGGGCAGCGCUGAGUCGUGUAUCAUUGUAAGAUGUUGGAUUAAUUGUUUUCUGCAAACGCAUCCCAAAGAUUUCAAUUGGCCAGUUUACAUUUCCUAAAAAUGUGCUUAAAAAAAACCCAACAACUAUCCGUUUUUACUUUUUACAUGAGCGAUUAUGUACCCCGUUCAAUUUUAGGGUUCCGUUUCAAGACUGACUAGAAAGAGGUAUGCCUUCCUUCAAAUCAGAUGGUUCAUCCAUAAAUGCCUUACAAUCGAAGUGGAACAAAGGCAAUCGAGGCGGGAGUCCGACCUCGCUGGCAUUUGAAAAGGUGUUUUCAUUUUUUCUACUCGGAACAAAAAAAAAAAAGAAAUCGUUGCCUUUGUCUUGUGCAGGAAGUCUUACACUCACUUAUUGCCUGCUUUCCAGUAACUAUUUUUUAAUAUAAAAUGCUUAAUUGUUGCAAUAUUUGUCAAUUGAAAGUCUAGGAACUCGUACUUGUUUCUUUUCUCUAUCAAACCUUCUGUUUACUAAUUAACUGCCAUGUCCAAAAUGUGAUUUUGUUUUUGUUUUUAUUUUUUCAGUUUUUGUUUCUUUUUUUUGCUUCAAACUGGACUUCCAACGUCUGCGAUAUUUUGUAUGCCUUUUUAUUUGAUGUCUGUAACUUAAGACUUGGAUACUUGAUGAUUUUAUGUAUUUGAAAAUGUGUACUAUUAUUAUUAUUAUUAGGUUGGCUAUUUAUACUAUCAAUGGAUGUGUGAUUUAGUACCGUGAGCGACAAAGUUGUACCUGUUCACCAACUUGUGAAAGUACAUUAAAUGAUACACUGAAAAACAACAAA